UGGACCUCUUUUUUUUUCUUUCUCUCUAUACUACAUCUCCCCACUCUAUUUUCAAUGGCUUCCUUAUCACGCUCAUUUGCGUCUGCCAUCGUCAAUCGCUCAUAUGUCAAUGCACCUGCUACUUCAAAUGCAGUGAAGAGAAUAUUCCAUGUCACUUCAAACACUGAAGAAGAACACCAUGAAGCCCACAGUUCUCAACCCUUGUUAACUACUUCCACAAAGCAACGAUCUACUGGAGGUUUAGUCAACAAGUCCAAUGUCAACGUGGGUCCCUUCAACAACUUCCAAGCACGCCGUUACAGCACCACUACUGUGCCCGACUUCUCCAAGUACAAAAAGACUAAGCAUAGCGGUGAAGCCAGCCGUAACUAUGCUUACAUGAUGGUCGGUGCCACUGGUUUGGUUUCUGCUGCUGGUGCUCAAGCUACUGUCAGUGACUUCUUGGCCAACAUGUCUGCUUCUGCUGAUGUCUUGGCUAUGGCUAAGGCCGAAGUUGACUUGGCCACUAUUCCUGAAGGAAAGAAUGUGACAAUUAAGUGGAGAGGAAAGCCAGUUUUCAUUCGUCACCGUACCGAAUCUGAAAUUGCUGAAGCCAACCAAGUCAACAUUACUGAAUUGCGUGAUCCUCAGCAAGAUGCUGAGCGUGUUAAGGAUCCCAAAUGGCUUGUCAUGUUGGGUGUCUGUACUCACUUGGGUUGUGUUCCUAUUGGUGAAGCAGGUGACUAUGGUGGAUGGUACUGUCCUUGUCACGGCUCUCACUAUGACAUCUCUGGACGUAUCCGUAAAGGCCCUGCACCUCUUAACCUCGAAGUUCCCGGUAAGUUACGGUUCAUUAUGAAAAGUAUGUAAACUAAACAAUGGUGUAGAGUACAACUUCCAGGAUGGUAA